AUGGAUCAUAAUACUAACGAAGAACAGUACCAGGAAGAGAACAGUUUGGGUUCCUUUGUCUACUUUGUAAAUCCUAUGCAAUAUAAUAGAAUAAUAAGCAGGAGAAUAGCAAAAGAAAAAAUGAUUAAAGACGGUCGGUGGCCGGAUAAACGACAACGAAUAAUGCACAUCUCUCGUAGCCGGCAUAGUAUUUGUCGAACAAGAACCGCAGACGGAAAGUUCGCAGGGGGCUCUUCUGGUUCAGAGCAGGCUGGUCCUGUACCCAAUCAAGAAAGUCCGAAUAAACCCACUGUAAAUGAGCCAGAGAAACAACCUCUAAAAGAGGCGCGAUGGGUCCCUAUCGUUCCUGGUCAUCGAUCUCCUGAGUAUUCACAACUACCUUGUGGUUUUUUCGUGAAGUUAGAUCCUAGUCAUAAUGGCCAAGUAGAGGUCGUGGUGGAACCCGAUGGAUCCAUAUUCGUGCGUCCAGCCGAAGACCCUACCAAUCAGUCCUAA